AUGGGCUGGCUACCUUGGUCUUCCGGCGAAAACAAGGACGCUGCCUCCGACGGCGGCCGCAUUGCCCCAGAUCGAACAAGUCGCGCGCGCUGCUGGGAGGGCCGAGAUCUAUUCUUCGCCUGCUUAGACAAGAAUGAUAUCCUGGACGGCAUUAAAGAGGACAAGAAGGCGCGCCAGAAGUGUGCGAAAGAGGUCGCGGAGUUCGAGGCGGCAUGUUCACAGAGCUGGGUGAAAUACUUCAAGGAAAAGCGAGUGAUGGAGUACAACCGGGACAAGACGAUUGAGCGAAUUCAGAAAGAAGAUGCGGCCACGGUGAAGGAGUUGAAGUCGCAGGGAUGGAACGCCAAAUAA